CAACAGAAUCGCCCCCAGCCCUUCUUCCUCCUCCUACACAGCCGCCAUGGGAGCCCCAAAGUAGAAGAAGUAGCUGCUUCAAAAAAGAACUUCUAAAGGUAGGGUGGUCAGAGCCAUACCAGGCAGUAACAUCAAGUAGGGAGUGUGUGGCAGCAUCCAAAAAAAGGGAAAAAUGCUUGAUCUCAAUGAGUUGCCUCCUGAUCUCAAUGAGCUUCCUCAUGAUAUGGAUCAGCAGCAACCCAGCAUACAACAAGGAAAAUGGACAUAAAAUGUUCGAUCUAUUUACUACACCCAGGCAAGUCAUGAUGGUAACCCUAUGGGCCAUGACAAUGUGGUAGGCCAGUCAUCAGACCGUGGUGCCCCUGUAGUGGUGUCUUUGUAGUCAGAGAGCCAUACUCUUGAUGACACGGGAACCGAGGCAAAUGUUCCUGGUCCAACCAGGACUGAGCUAGGAGCUGGGGCUGUUGACGGAGCUGUGCAAGGAGAAGAAGGAGAGGAUGAGGCUGGUUCUCAACGUAUGGAACCCUAUGUUGGCAUGAGAUUUGACAGCCUUCAAAUUGCUAAGGAUCACUACAACAGCUACGCACUACGGAUGCGUUUCUCUAUCAAGAUGAACACCUCUAGACGGACACCCCGCACCAAUGAAUUGAUAAAACAACAAUUUUGCUGCAACAAGUUCAAGAAGCCCAAAGCUGAUGAUGGAGGAGCUGAGGCUCCUCCUGUCCUGGACCCUAUUCCAGAUCCGAAAUCUGUUGACAUUGAUGAGGAGAUGGAAGAAGAACCUCCAAUAUUUGCUGAAGAGGAGACUGGUACUAGUAAGAAGAAGAAGAAGAAGAAGAAGAAGAAGAAGAAGAAGCGCAAACGCGAGACAAUAAAGCAGACUCAAUGCAAGGCGAAAAUGUUGGUGAAGCUGAUAGAUGGGCGAUGGGAGGUGACGCACUUUGUUCGUGACCACAAUCAUCCGCUCGUGAACAAACCUUCAUUGUCCAAAUACUUGAGAUCCCACCAAGGCAUCUCACCUGAUGAAAAGGAGUUUCUGCGCAUCUUGUAUAACUGCAACUUGACUACAAGUGUGGUGUUUUUCUAUAUCCCUUAAAGAAUUAAGUUUCCCUCUAGGCAGUCCAGUGUGCAACUGUUAUGGUACUACUGUGCAACCGAAAUGACUUAACUGUGCAACUGGUGUCCAACUUCCCAUGCUGUUUGUA